GGCGAAAGGUCCCCAGCGGUGGGUGCUCUGGGGCGCGGGGAAGGGGCGGGGUGCGUAGAGCCAGCGCAGCAGAGUCCAGGCUGAGACGCAGUCCUGGGAGCAGCAGCGCAGCGGCAGCAGCAGCGGCGGCGGCCAAAGCCAAGGCCAGGGCCACGGCCACGGCCGCGGGACCGGAGAUGCUACGGCUCCCGGAGACUCGCUAACUUUUCACUGGAGGAGAGGCAGGGGGAACGAGGAAGAGGAAGAGCGCGCAGGCAUCGCAGACAGGGAUGCCGAGGGUCGUCUGUUAGUUGUGACAGAGGGGUGUAAGCUCUAUAUAUCUUGGUGAGAGGGCUGGCAGAUGUCCCAAGUGGGAGAACCUCUUCCUCCUGGGCCUGAAGGGCCAAAGCAUGGAGAUGAGUCUGAAAGCAGCUUUUUGAUCUCACUCCCUGGGGAUGAGCAAACUGGAGCCUGUGGUUGUAGAGCUGAAAAAUGUGACCAAGACAAUACAGAGAGAGCUAUCACACCACCCACCAAUAGUCUCUUUAUGCACGGAGAGAAUCAAGACCAGUCCAUCUGGGAAAAUCGUUCAGAUGGCGAUCUCAUCAUAACACAACCUCAACGCUUGCCUGAGCCCCAGACUUCAGCACAGGAACAAAGUGAGGAGGAAAUGGGCAAGAUAAAGAAUGGUCAUACAAAUCUGAGAAAUGGGAAUGGAAUCCACAAUGGGGUUAGACAUGUAUCUAUAGAUAACCGAAAACUUUCUGCGCCUGUUUCACAAAAAAUGCAUAAAAAAAUUCAGUCCAGCUUGUCUGUAAACAGUGACAUGAGCAAGAAGAGUAAAGUAAGCGCUGUCUUUUCUCAAAAACCAGGCUCAUCACCUGAAGAUUGCUGUGUUCACUGUAUCCUGGCCUGCUUGUUCUGUGAGUUCCUGACCCUCUGCAAUAUCGUAUUAGGACAAGCAUCAUGUGGCAUCUGUACGUCGGAGGCCUGCUGCUGUUGCUGUGGUGAUGAAGUAGGAGAUGACUGUAACUGCCCUUGUGACAUGGAUUGUGGUAUAAUGGAUGCCUGUUGUGAAUCAUCAGACUGUUUAGAAAUCUGUAUGGAAUGCUGUGGAAUUUGUUUCCCAUCGUAAAUAUUUAUCUCUUAUUUUAUUUUGUUCAAAACUGGAGUUUUUGUUGUUUUUUAAAAAUUCUCCUAAGGGGGGGAAAAGCAUCACAAGAUUCUCAUGAAACAACCCAGUUACUUGCACUGUUUCUUCCCUCUUUUUAAAGAAUCUUUGAAAACUCCAUAUCAUAACCAGAUGUGUAUGGUUUUAUGUGUGAAAUUGUAUAUUUUUUUCUUUAAUAGAUUACUUUAACUAAUGGGAGAUUUUGAAAGAAAAAAAAUUCAUUUUUCUCUUACCUCUUACCUAGAUUUGUGAUAACCAUUCCUAGAAGCCUCCUUCCUCCAAACACAUUUAUUUCUAAAUGAGUAUUUAAAAAAGAAAAUUUAUUUUUGUUAUUUGUCUAUUAAUGUUUAAAAUGAACUGUUCUUUGUAGUUUAAAUUAGAGAGAGCAAACUCAAAGCUGUCUUAAAAACAAAAUUGUGGGAACUCGAGUCUCAGAGGCUUUCCACAUUUAUUACUUGAAGAAUUUAGUUUCAUACCAAACUUUAGAGGUCAAGCUGAAAACUCUGUACUCUUAAUCAAUUACAAUUAAGUAUACAUAGCCAUUUUAGAGCAGUAAGAAAUACAGUAUUUAGAAAAUAAAAUUUGUCAGCUAAGAUUUACCAAAAUGUGCAUCUUGUUAUAGCUGAUUAUAGUAUUUUCUGUUUCAUUGUGAGGUUUUAUGUUGAUGAAAUUAAAGACUUAUGAAGCUGAUACAGUAUAUUCAGAGUUAGGAAAUGCCAGUGCCAACAUGAGGUGCAGUAUUGCGCAGUAUUUCUCUGUUUAAUUUGAAACUGCUAUUUUUUUGUGGGUGUUUUCAUUUUUGAAGUUGUUUUGGUUUCUGUUGGAUUUUAACCAGUUUUAAAACAACAGAUUACAUAAAGGACGCUUACUACAAACCAUUCGUUAACAAUGCAAUGAGAAUUCCUAUUUCUACCAUUGUGACUUGACUAGAUUUCAAGAUUUCCAGUCUUGAAAUUAGCCAAGUCAUCCACUAUACAUACCAUGUGUAGUUGAUACAUCCCUUAUGUAUGAAGAAAGUA